GGUAGGCAGCUCGUCAGUCUGGAGCAGGGGUGCGGCGCAAAGCGUGGCGGGAGUUGUAGUUCCCAGGAACUGGCCUUUCGUUGCCAACGGUGGCGCUGGGGUGGGGGGCGCCGGGCUGACACUACAUCUCCCAGCAGCCCCGGCCGGCUGGGGGCUCACUCAGCCACUGUGCAGUAGCGGCUGAUGACAGGGGUGGGUGGGAGUGGAGACUGGGAUUGCUCGAGAGCUUGUCUGCUGCAGCAGUCACAUCAGAGAGGGGACACACAGAUACAUAACCCUCCACAUGGAACCCCAUUUACAUCAUCACUAAAACAAGCCGUCAGAGAGCGAGAGAGACAGACAGUGUUGGAGGAGCAGCAGUGCCAUCAUUCUCCAACCUAUGGGCUUUGUUACUGAGACACACCGAGAGGGACUGUACAGAAGGCCAACAGCUACCAGUUGUCCAUUUGUCAGGGCGAUAACAGAGUGGAUCAGAACCCAACAGCAAACCCUGAAGAAGGCACAGAUUUUUCAAGUGGUGUGAGGCACUCUCUCUGCCUUGGGGCAAGUGUGGGGCAAGUGUGGCUGAGCGGAGGCAUCUGGGAGAAAGCUGGAGCAAGUUUAAGAAGCCAAGCACACCCGUCCAAUUAGUCCUGCUCCUCAUGAGGGGAAAAUCUGUGUGUCGCGUUGCUGUAAUCUCUUGUUUGAAAGUGGAUUAAGAGAGCUUGAAUGGCAGUAACGGGCAAACUGAGGACAUGUGAGGGAGGAACAACACACAGCAUUCUCGUCUGCGGAUUUUGAUUUACCUCUCUUUUUAUAUAUCAGUCGUCGUCUUGGCAACGGCUCUGUCACAGGCAUACCUCCCAGGAAAACGAUGGGCAUGCAUGGCGUACUGUGAAAUCGGAAACAAAACUGCCGUUAAGACGAGAGAGAUUCAUCAGGCAAUUGUGCUGUGGUGCAGGUGCCUUGUACAUCCAGGAUCUAACCGCCAACCCACCCCCCACCACACAACCCCCAGAGGUCUCACUGGAAUGUCCAUCCCCAGGAAUUAAUCCAACAUCGUACAGAGCAGCAAUCCCAGCGCUGGUUUAAUUCUCUCACGAAUAAGGAGCUACCAAGGGAGCCGGCAACGGGCUCUGAGGCUGAGUGCGCCAAGCGUUUUCCCAGGAUAAUGCAACCUGUCUCUGAGCAAUCGCCAAGACCAAGGUAGAGAGGAAGCGGGCACCAGGUUCAGCCACUUCCCAAAAGGAGAAACAGGAUCAAAUUCCGUCAGCAGCGAGCUCCGGGGAGGAUAGCUCAGAACCGCAAAGUUGUGAUGAUGAAGUGCUCCCGCCGGGUUUGUCUCCUCUCCAUCGCAGUGCUGGCCGCCUUUGUGAUCUCGCUCUUCUUCACCUACACACUGACAGGAGUGACCAACAUGGCCUACCUGGAGACCCAGGCCCAGGAUGAGAACCAUCGCAUCAAGCUGGUGCCCAGUUAUACGGGCGCACAGAAGUUGAGCAAAGACGUCACUGCGCAGAAAACGUGUGGCUGUGAGCGCUGUGUGGGAGACCCUGGAGUAUCCAAGUGGUUCGACGAGCACUUCAACCCUGACAUUCUGCCACUCUGGACUAAAGCUAACAUGAAAUUGGACCUCGAUGUACAUAACUGGUGGUUGAUGCUUCAGCCCCAGUUUAAACCAAGCGAUAUAAAGGAAGUGUUGUCCAAACUCUUCCAGACGGUACCUGGAGACAACCCGUACGAACCGUGGGACCGUUCACGCUGCCGCCGGUGUGCAGUGGUGGGCAACUCGGGAAAUCUGCACGGAUCCCAGUAUGGCAACCAGAUUGACUCCCAUGACUUCAUCAUGAGAUUGAACCAAGCUCCAACAGUGGGCUUUGAGGCAGAUGUGGGCAGGCGCACAACUCACCAUUUCAUGUACCCAGAGAGUGCCAAAAAUCUCCCAGCCAACGUCAGCUUUGUUUUGGUCCCCUUCAAGAUACUGGACCUGCUGUGGAUUACUAGCGCUCUCUCAACGGGUCAGAUCCGAUUCACGUAUGCACCGGUCAAACAAUUUCUACGCGUGGACAAAGACAAGGUGCAAAUCUACAACCCAGGUUUCUUCAAGUACGUCCACGACAAGUGGACGGAGCAUCAUGGAAGAUACCCGUCCACUGGAAUGCUGGUCCUCUUCUUUGCCCUCCACGUGUGUGAUGAGGUGGAUGUUUACGGGUUCGGAACUGACAACAAGGGGAACUGGCACCACUAUUGGGAGAACUACAAGUAUGCUGGAGAGUUCCGGAAAACUGGCGUACAUGAUGCAGACUAUGAGGCAAAAAUAAUAAAUUUACUAGCCGCAGCUGGAAAAAUUAAAGUUUUCCGAGGAAACUGAAACCCCCCCCACCAAAAAGGAUUACAAAAUGUGUGGUUCAUCUUUCAAGAGGAGAAAGUGGGUCUCAAUGUAACCUCACCAGGUGGAGCAAGGAUACAAACAGCCCCAAAUCAUGCACUGAAUAUAAUUUUCUUUCAAUCGUGUUUCGAAAGUCAAACGAAACUUUUGUGAGGAACCGGGGAAAAAAAAGCUGCUAAUUUGGUUUCGACUCGUGAAGUUCACCAAAUCAAAGACGCCAAUUACUUGAUGGAUUGAUUGCAAGAUGGCCGACACGCAACAAAAUGGUGGCCGAUGAUGGGUAGCUCAAUGUGCAAUCUGUUACCGUAGAAACUAGUUGUUGCCCAGGAUCAUUGAACCUUAGAGUUGAGAGGACACUUUACACGAGUCGGCUACCCAAAUAUCAGAACAGUUCAUGGGCGGAGUGGAAGUAGAACUUUUAAUUAGCAUUUUUUAAUAUUUUGGUUGAACUCCUGUGGACUUGUUUGAAUGGCGUGGUUCUGAACACUGCUUCCUCCCUGAACACUUUUAUUCACGUGAGGCUAGGAUAUAGACAGAUGCUUUGCAAAGAGUUUUCCGAGACAAGAAGCUUUUACGUUAAUGCCUGAGUAAUCCAAAUCCCCAUGACCUAACCUAAUAGCGAAAAGUGCUGAGUCAUUCACCUGGGGGCUCCUACAGCUGGCCGUGAGUUGUGUUAUAAUGCUGUAAAGGAAUUCACUCAGAAGCAGCACAGCAGGACCCUGAGCUGUCAAUCAGCUGUGAAGUCACUUUUAUUUGACUGUGAUGUGGUCGCGAAUUGUGAUUUAAUAUCCAAUCUCUCAGACGUGCUCUGUCUCCAGCCAGUCACGGGCCCUGUAUAGACCCUCAGACUCUCAGACCCCAAAUCUCAGUAAAUCCUGAUGGGGCUUUCCAGCUUCUGCUCCUAACCCCUCUCCCAAAAACUAAUUUAAAUGAGAUGCCAAUUGUUCUUCAGAAGUUAGUACCAAAACAAAAAUGGAGAUGAAAAGUCAGGCUGUUGUCUGUGCCCCUUCAGGUUUUUUUACGCUGGGACAGAGUGUAGGUGCAGGAGAAAAUUAAACAACAUAAUUUUCUCGGUGAGGGUAUGGAAUGAAAAUGAGCGCUGGCAGAACAGAACAUCCAUGACAGAUGAUGUCUGCCCCCAUAGAUGGUUAUAUUUACUCCAUCAUUUAAACUCCCUUCUUUCUUGCUAGGUUCACUCUUAAUAUUUCAUGUAACACAACCACUAACAACACCAAUUGCCUGAACGCCAGACUUUGACAUUCUGAACCCUUUAACCCAAACUGAGCGGUUUAAAGAACUGAGGAACUGAGUGUACUGCACAGAACUGAAGAUGUACAUCGAUAAAGUAAAGGACUGACAACUAAAACUUACACUUAGCUAAAUGCUGCAAAUAAGGCCAUUGCCGUAUCAAAACCAAACCCUUGUUGAUGACAGUGAUCAAUAUUACUUUAGUAUUUAACCCAACAUUGGCACAUUUGUACAUUUUAACUGUGAGAUCCUGCAAAUCAGCUUGUAAGGGCCGAGGGCGGGAUCUUUUUUAUUGCAACCGUGUUUGGUGGUGUUCCCUCUCCGUGCCCUUGUCACUAGCCACAGGCAUUUGGCAAGACACAGCAUUCAAUAGGUGAGUCAAGUGGCUUCCAUCAGAGCACUAAAGCCUGUGAAGGCAAGGAAAGAAGGGCUGAAUAAUGUAAUAACAGCAACAACAAUUUGCACUUAUUUAGCAUCCCUCACGCAGGGUAGCGUCCCAGACAGUUGGCGGAGCAUAAUGUAGAUGUUGGAUGGAUGACUAUUCUCUUUUUUUUGGCAAGAACCUUCAGGGUUUGGGAAAAAUUUAUACGGGAGAUGUGUGGGUUUGACCAUGUUAAAGGCUUGAAGUUACGUUACCCUUUAAGAAUGGAGAAAAUCCCAUUCUCCCUCUAACCACCCC